CGUGGCAGAGUCUUCAGUUUCCUAGGAAGGAAAAUUGCAAACACCACACUAGGACCUUCUGCUCUAGGCUUUAGCAGUGGCAUUUUUGCUUUGGGAAGUGCAAAUCCUCAGCUUAAUCUCUAUUUAGUUAAUAGAACAUCAGAUCUUCUUCCAACAACGAUCCCAGCGAAUCCGUAGAACAGUAAUGGUAGCAAAUCACUAUCUCCUCCUCGUCGUCGUCAUCUGAGUUCUGGUUGAUAUGAAUCUCUCACUAUCUUCUUCUCCAUCUGCAACUUCUGUCGCUGUUGCUUCUUCGUCUUCUUCUCCCUCUUCCUCAGCUACUUCUUGGUUCUCCGGCAUUGUUCGUGGCCGAGCUGAUCGAUCCGGGAACCUCAAAAUGGCAGGCAAUUCGGGCACAGGCGACGGUGACAGCGCCUGUCCAAUCAAGGGCAAGAACCAGUUCCGCGGUGUGCUCUUCAAGUAUGGACCAAAGCCUAUACAGGUUGCAUUUAAAACAGGUAAUCAUAAACAGCAAAUCAUUUUUAUUGGUGGAUUAACGGAUGGUUUUCUAGCAACUGAAUACUUAGAACCUCUGGCAGUUGCUUUGGAUAGGGAGAAAUGGUCACUUGUUCAGCUGGUUAUGUCAUCAUCAUAUAGUGGAUUUGGAACUUCCAGCUUGCAACAAGAUGCCUUGGAGAUUGAUCAGCUUGUAAGUUGUUUGAUCAACAAAGAAAAUUCUGAGGGUGUGGUCCUACUUGGACACAGCACUGGAUGUCAGGAUAUUGUCCAUUACAUGCGUACCAAUGCUGCAUGUUCUCGUGCAGUCCGUGCUGCUAUUUUGCAGGCUCCAGUCAGUGAUCGGGAGUACAGGGCAAGUCUUCCUGAAACUGCUGCUAUGAUUGACUUGGCAUCAACUAUGAUAGCGAAAGGCCGGGGAUCUGAAUUAAUGCCUAGGGAAGCAGAUUCAUCUUCCCCACUAACUGCUUAUAGGUAUCACUCCCUUUGUGCUUAUAUGGGUGAUGAUGAAAUGUUCAGUUCUGAUCUUAGUGAUGACCAGCUGAGAACAAGACUCGGGCACAUGUGCAGCACACCCUGCCAGGUUAUCUGUUCCAUGGCUGAUGAGCAUGUUCCGGAGUAUGUUGAUAAGACAGCAUUGGUUGAAAGAUUGUGCAGAGCAAUGGGUGGUGCAGAGAAAGUUGAAAUUGAACACGGGAAUCACUCUCUUUCUAACAGGGUUGAUGAAGCUGUCCAGGCAAUAAUUGAUUUUGUUAAAAGAGAAGGACCUAAAGGCUGGGAUGAUCCAUGGAAUUAACAUGAUGCCAUUUUCCUUCCCUGUAUUCUGUGGGUUUUUUUUAUCCCUCUCUCCUUAUUGAUUUCCACUUAUGAAUUUCACUCAGGAUUAGUGUGUGCAUUUUAUUUUCCAUAUUGAAUCUGUGAUUUGGUGGCAUUGGUGAAAUUUAUCAAGAGAGUGAAUAUUGCUGUCGAAAUUAAUUUAUUGAAUAAAUUUUUUUGCAUCA